ACCAAAGCUUGCUUCUCGGAUCCUCGGCGUUAAGCAGUCUCGUCCUAUUCAUUGUGAUCGAUGUGCUGACCAAUAUCCCCCACCAUGAUAGCUUCACCAUUGAGGAGAUCCGGGCGCUUAUGGACAAGCCCACCAAUGUCCGUAACAUGUCCGUUAUUGCCCACGUCGACCACGGCAAGUCUACCCUGACCGACUCGCUCCUGUCCAAAGCCGGUAUCAUCUCCACCGCAAAAGCUGGAGAAGCGAGAGCAACGGAUACACGCCAAGAUGAACAGGAGCGUGGUAUCACCAUCAAGUCCACUGCCAUCUCCCUUUACGGCAACCUCCCCGAUCCCGAGGACAUCAAGGACAUUGUCGGCCAGAAGACCGACGGCACUGACUUCUUGAUCAAUCUGAUUGACUCGCCGGGUCACGUUGACUUCUCUUCCGAGGUCACUGCUGCUCUCCGUGUUACCGAUGGUGCGCUUGUCGUCGUCGACACCGUCGAGGGCGUGUGCGUCCAGACCGAGACUGUCCUUCGUCAGGCCCUUGGUGAGCGGAUUAAGCCGGUCGUCAUUGUCAACAAGGUUGACAGAGCCCUCCUGGAGCUGCAAGUCUCGAAGGAGGACCUGUACCAGUCCUUCUCGCGUACCAUCGAGUCGGUCAACGUCGUCAUCUCGACCUAUCACGACAAGGCCCUCGGCGACGUCCAGGUUUACCCCGACAAGGGUACUGUUGCCUUCGGCUCCGGUCUUCACGGCUGGGCUUUCACCAUCCGUCAGUUCGCUACCCGCUACGCCAAGAAGUUUGGCGUCGACCGCAACAAGAUGAUGGAGCGUCUCUGGGGCGAUAACUUUUUUAACCCUGCCACCAAAAAGUGGUCCAAGAGCGGCACCCACGAGGGCAAGCAGCUCGAGCGUGCCUUCAACCAGUUCAUUCUGGACCCCAUCUUCAAGAUCUUCAGCGCUGUCAUGAACUUCAAGACCGAUGAAAUUAAGAAACUCCUCGAGAAGCUCGACCUUAAGCUCGCUCCUGAGGACCGUGAAAAGGAGGGCAAGCAGCUCCUCAAGGCCGUCAUGCGCACUUUCCUUCCCGCUGCCGACGCCAUUCUGGAGAUGCUGAUCCUCCAUUUGCCCUCUCCCGUUACCGCCCAGAAGUACCGUGCCGAGACGCUCUACGAGGGUCCCCCUGAUGACGAGGCCGCCAUUGGUAUCCGCGACUGCGACCCGAAGGGUCCUCUCAUGCUUUACGUCUCCAAGAUGGUUCCCACCUCCGACAAGGGUCGCUUCUACGCCUUUGGUCGUGUCUUCUCCGGUACCGUCAAGUCGGGUGUCAAGGUCCGCAUCCAGGGCCCCAACUACGUCCCCGGCAAGAAGGACGACCUGUUCAUCAAGGCCAUCCAGCGUACUGUCCUCAUGAUGGGCGGCAAGGUCGAGGCUAUCGACGACCUUCCCGCUGGUAACAUUGUCGGCCUUGUCGGCAUUGACCAGUUCCUGCUCAAGUCUGGUACCCUCACCACUCUCGAUACGGCCCACAACCUCAAGGUCAUGAAGUUCUCCGUCUCGCCCGUCGUGCAGCGCUCCGUCCAGGUCAAGAACGCCCAGGAUCUUCCCAAGCUUGUCGAGGGUCUCAAGCGUCUGUCCAAGUCGGAUCCUUGCGUCCUGACCUUCACCUCCGAGUCUGGUGAGCACGUCGUUGCUGGUGCUGGUGAGCUUCACUUGGAGAUCUGCUUGAACGACCUCCAGAACGACCACGCCGGUGUGCCCCUCAUCAUUUCCGACCCCGUCGUCCAGUACCGUGAGACGGUUGGUGCCAAGUCUAGCAUGACUGCGCUAUCCAAGUCCCCCAACAAGCACAACCGUAUCUACCUCGAGGCCGACACUCUGGCCGAGGAGCUCUGCCAGGACAUUGAGGGUGGCAAGAUCGGACCUCGUGAUGAUUUCAAGGCCCGUGCCCGUAUCCUGGCCGACGACUACGGCUGGGACGUUACCGACGCUCGCAAGAUCUGGGCUUUCGGUCCUGACACCACCGGUGCCAACCUUCUCGUCGACCAGACCAAGGCCGUCCAGUACCUGCACGAAAUCAAGGACUCGGUCGUUUCCGGUUUCCAGUGGGCCACCCGCGAGGGUCCCAUUGCCGAGGAGCCGAUGCGUGCCAUCCGGUUCAACAUCAUGGACGUGACCCUGCACGCCGACGCCAUUCACCGUGGCGGUGGUCAGGUCAUCCCUACGGCCCGUCGUGUCAUCUACGCGGCCACCCUCCUUGCCGAGCCCGCCCUUCAGGAGCCCGUCUUCUUGACCGAGAUUCAGGUGCCCGAGUCUGCCAUGGGUGGCGUCUACAGCGUCCUGACCCGACGACGUGGCCACGUCUUCGCCGAAGAGCAGCGCCCCGGCACUCCCCUCUUCACCAUCAAGGCCUACCUGCCCGUCCUCGAGUCGUUCGGCUACAACGCCGAUCUCCGCCAGGCCACCUCUGGCCAGGCCUUCCCUCAGUCGGUCUUCGACCACUGGCAAAUCCUCCCCGGUGGUUCUCCUCUCGACGGCACCUCCAAGGUCGGCCAGAUUGUGCAGGAGAUGCGGAAGCGCAAGGGUAUCAAGGUUGAGGUUCCAGGUGUUGAGAACGUAAGUACCAGACCCAUGAUUGCGAGGGAAUCAGAAGCUUAUACUAAUAUGUGUGUGUUUUCCAGUACUACGACAAGCUAUAGACGCCUCAUAUCAGGCCAAAAGAAACGCGCCAAGAUGCUCUUCCAGAGCAGCUCGCUGGCGCCGCAGUUCUGCAGCUACCCUUACACCUCUUUGCUGCCGGUACAAACGAAGGAAAUGGCUGUGGUUUAACGAGGCGGCGACGCGAUAUACCAAUAAGGAGAGAAGUCGGUUAAAAAGACCUUUUUAGUAGGGAUAUGUGAGAGGGUAGGUUCGUCGAGCCUGCAAAAGGUCAAGGUCGGUGUGACGCCCAAUAGUAGGUUUGCCUAGUACAAGAAUUUAUGAAUUGUUCAGUAAGACGAUUG